AUGUCUGAAUUGAUCACAACAAGUGUGAUCCCUACCAGCUCAGGAUUCGUCCAAGGCUUUGUCAAUCCUAUGCACGACAUCCAUACGUUUCUGGGUAUUCCUUAUGCCUAUCCACCCGUAGGAGAUUUACGAUUCCGUCCUCCGGUUCCCUUUGUCGACUCGAGCGAAGAAAUCAAGAUUUGUAUGGAACAUGCUCCGGCUGCCCCACAGACCCAGAUGCCCUUUGACACUCUCAUGAGUGUUGAGAUUGACAACCAGUCUGAGGACUGUCUCUAUCUGAACAUCUGGGCUCCUGACACAGAGCCUGAUUCAAAACGACCUGUGUUGAUCUGGUUCCAUCCAGGAGCCUGUAUGAGCGGAAGUAGUAGUCAAGUAUUCUGGGAUGGAACCAAUUUGGCUAGAAACGACAUUAUAGUAGUUUCAUUCAAUUACCGUCUAGGCGCUCUUGGAUGGACUCGUCUGGAUCACUUGUCGUCAGAUUUUGAAGGGUCAGGAAAUCUUGGCUUAUUGGAUCAAAUUGAGGCUGUGAAAUGGGUCAAAGAAAAUAUUGCUUCUUUUGGUGGCGACCCUGAUAACCUCACUGCUUACGGUGCUUCAGCUGGAGCUACCACUAUCAUGGCUGCAAUCCUUUCCCCAACUGCUGCCGGGCUUUUCAGGCGUGUGGUUCUUCAAUCUCCUCCGAUGUUCAUGGCAAAUCCUAGCGACUGGGCUGCAACAAAGGGCAGCCUAAUGCUCCAUUCGCUGGGUGUACCCAAAGACGAUGUUGGCGAGAUGCGUGACGUCGAUGUCCAGAGUUUCUUGGAGGCCCAGACUUUCAUGACCACCUGGCCCAAUUUCCUGGAAGGUUUGGCACCGAUUGGGCCGUCGGUUGACGGGACCGUUCUUCCCACAACUCUAAUGGAGCACUUCUUGCACAAGGCUUUGCCAAAGGGUUACGAAAACCUCGAGAUUAUGAUUGGCUUCACACGCGACGAAUUCAAUUUCUUCUUUCCGUUCUUGCCAAACUUCCAGGACAUGGAUGAUUCGAUGUUUGUCCGGACUUACUUUUCGCAUAUCUUUGGCCACAAGAACGCCCGCCGAGCCUACGAGAUCUACCGCGACCAGAUUGUACCCCCUUCGUCUCCACCAAGUGAGGUGGCUCGCUACAUGGCUUCGGAUGUAAUGUGCAGAGUCUCGACUCUCUUGACAGCCGAGAAUCUGGCCAGGCACGGCCACAAGGUCUGGCUGUACGAAUGGGACUAUGAGUCCAACGAUGUCGAGAACAUCAUCAAGGCUGCACAUAUGGUCGAUGCCAUCUAUUCCUGGGAUAAUCUCGAGUACUGGGUCGACAAUCCGUUCCUUGGUCCUGGUGACGACGUAGAGCGCGACCAGAUUGCCAAGCAGAUGUCUCGAGCAAUCGUGUCCUUUGCACGGUCCGGAGAUCCCGACCAUCCUGGUAUUCCUCAUUGGCCAGCAUACUGUCAACCCGGUAAAGAAACCGAGCGGGAUGGCAUGGUGUUUGAUCAAGAGGUUCGCGUCGAACGCAAUAUCUAUGAUCAUGGCCUGGCAUUGUGGAAGACACAGCUCAAGGAGUAUGUUAGAAACCAACUCUGUCCAAUUAAAGCCAAGGAAGAAACAGCAUCAUUAUCAUCUACUACUGAUGAUGCUGCUAAAGACGUAUCAGAACCUGAAGGAUCAUCGGGCAAGAAACGCAAGAUUGAUGCUGUGUAA